AUGAGUUCAUCAAAUUCUAAAGAAAAGGGUAACUCUCUCGCUGAUUCGAUGCCUGCGCAUAGACAUGGUCAUCUUGAAGAUAUGAAAAAUAUUGAAGAUACCAGCAAAUUUGAGAAAGCAAUUUACAAUUAUGUUCCUUUGCUCAUCCCUUCACUUCGCUAUGUCAAUUAUUUGAAACGCGUCUUCGAAUAUUUAUUCUAUACGUUAUUAUUUGAUGUUACGAUGCCAUUCGUUAAACCUCUCAAUUUUUUUGUCAUGUUUAUUCUUUUUCCAAUUGGCGCACUUAUUUUAAUUGUUCUCGAUAUUAUCCUUCGCGCCUUCUCCUUCUUGAGUAUUGAUACAUCUGUAAAACCGGUGAGGGAUUGGGGUGCUUUGUCGGAAAAUAAUUAUGAUGAGAUCGUUCGUAAAGGAGUUUAUGAAUUGGGAAAACCAUUUGAAAGUUACGAGGAUGAACAAGAUGGUGACGUCAAAAUCUUUAAACAGAUUAGAAAUUUUAACAUCGAUAUGGUGGAAACGCUUUUAUUCUUGGCUACCACAGUAUAUGAAAGGAAGGAGGAAUAUGUAAACAAUGCGAUCAAUAGAAUCCAAAAAAUUCAAACUUCAAGCGCAGAAGCGACUCCACAGGAUAUUAAAUAUAUUAAAGGUCAACUUCUGGAAGCUGAAAAGAACAUUGUAAGACAAGCAGAGGAUUGGGGAUUAGGAUUUACUUCCAUUUCUGAAUUAAAUUCUCUCGGUGGACCUUACGCUGGAAUGUUUUGGAGUAAAGAAAGAAAAUUCAUCGUGGUGGCCUUCAAGGGGACCACAGCAGCUUAUUUUAGUGAAUGGUUAAUUGAUUUCUUGGUACAAAAGAUUGACGCUAGAGCUUAUCUUUAUGGAAAAGUACAUGAAGGUUUUUACACUUCCUUGUUCCCUAAAAACGAUAAAGAGUCUUCAAAAUAUUAUAGAAGAAGUCCAUCGAUGAGAUUAAUCGAAGCUAUACGUAGUAAGGCAGCAGAAAUUACAGAUUAUAAUGAACAAGACGGUCCAGUUUCGGUGUGGAUUACCGGUCAUUCUUUGGGUGGAGGUUUGGCUACACUAUUUUAUACUCGCUUGUUGAAAUCACCAGAAAUUUUGGGCAAAAAUUGUAUGCUUCGUGAUGGACUCGCUUUCGCGGCACCAAUUGUUGGUGAUGACAAUUUCGCAUCAUCCUUUUCUUCCCGAUCCAACAAACCAUAUGAAACUUCUGCAACUUUAUGGAGAGUUAUAGCAGGAAGUGAUAUCGUACCUCAUGUUGCACCGGCCAACCGUAACCCUAAAAUACAACGUUAUUUUACAAACGUCGAAGCCAUCAAUUAUGUUCAUAUAGGAGAAGAAAUUACGUUCAAUUUUGACGGUUCACGACCAUCAGCGACGAGACCCGUCUUGGGAACGGAAGACUAUUUUGUUUUUGAUAAAAUGUCAACUUGGGGCGAUUUAAAAUUCGCUUUUAAAGGAAGUCAAAAGAAACAACAUUUACGAAAACCAGUUAAUGUUAAUGUGAAUAAACCUUUAUAUGCUUUUGAAAAGCUUUAUCCACUUCCUAUUCGAAAUCAUCUACCACAUCAUAAAGUAGUCUUAUCUGAUCAUGAAAGUUCAAAUGAAACAAUUUCAAGUUUAACUUCUUUCGGUAAAUAG